GCGCUGUUGUGUGCGUUGAAUGAUCGCUUCUACCCUGACAGCAUGAAGAGACAGCGCAGAGCGGAGGAUUGACCCUCACUGUUUGAGAUAUCAUGACCCCUUUCCUCAGUCGUCACAUCGGCUAAGUAGGCAGUCACCUUUAGCUCGGCCGUGUCUGUUAUUGUGUCUCGUUUACCCGCCGGCGUUUACACAUUGGUGCCUGGAGAAAUGCAGAGGAUAAGGUCUUUGAAAAGUGGCUGGCAGCUGCUGAAGUCAGCCUGUGAGGGAGCUGCAAAACAAGUAAACACCUCGCCAUCGACCUCGAGAAAUUACAGCCAUCUCCAUCCUCAGGGCCCCAGCUCCUUCGGGCUCCUCUUUGACAUCGAUGGGGUGCUGGUGCGAGGCAGGACGCCAAUCCCUGCGGCCAUACAGUGCUUCAGGAAUCUGGUGGACCGGAAUGGGAAAUACAAGGUGCCUGUGGUGUUUGUCACCAACGCUGGGAACUCCAUGAGGCAGACAAAAGCUGAACAUCUGUCACAUCUGCUUGAGGUGGAGGUGUCUCCAGACCAGGUGAUGCUGUCCCACAGUCCUUUGCGAAUGUUCACCCAGUUCCACAAAAUGUGUGUGCUGGCACUGGGACAGGGUCCUGUGGAGGAGGUCGCUCACAACCUGGGCUUUCAAGAUGUUGUUACCAUAGAUAUGCUCAGAGAGGCAUAUCCUCUUCUAGAUGUAGUGGAUCACAACAGAAGGCCCAAAGGCAGUAUUCCACCCACCAAGGGCUUACGGCCAAUAGACGCUGUGAUCUUAUUUGGGGAGCCAAUCAGAUGGGAGACCAACCUCCAGCUUAUCGUUGACGUGCUCCUAACAAACGGGAGCCCAGACAAUGCCUGGAGUUCAAUGCAGUACCCUCACAUCCCAGUCCUGGCCUGUAACAUGGACCUGCUGUGGAUGGCGGAGGCGAAGAAUCCCAGGUUUGGUCAUGGUAUGUUCCUGGUGUGCUUAGAGAGCCUGUACAAGAAGGUCACAGGUUAUGAGCUGAAGUAUGAGGCUCUGAUUGGUAAACCCAGCGUGGUGACUUAUAACUACGCUGAGCUGCUGAUCAGACAGCAGGCUGAGAGACUUGGCUGGCCCACACCUGUGAAGAGGCUGUAUGCAAUAGGUGAUAAUCCCAUGGCUGACAUAUACGGCGCCAACCUCUACAACCGCUACCUCCAGUCCCGUGGGUCUACCAAGGCCCAGAGGCAGGCUAAGAGUGGUGGAGGAGGUGUAAAUCCCCUGGCGGAAACGGUUGAUGAUGCCCAUAAAAUGACAUCAGCAGAGCUAGGCGGCGCAUUGGGUGUUUACGGGGCAGAGGAGGACCUCCCAGAAGGGUGCAGCUCCAUCCUAGUGUGCACAGGGGUGUACAGCAGAGACCAGCAAGAGUUGCCCUCAGACACAACACAAACCGUCACCGAGCAGCGCAUCUUCCAUGGCCACCGGGACUUCCGCUUUGACCCCAGCCUCACACAGCCUUCCUUCGUGGUGCAGGAUGUGAAGGAGGCAGUGGAGCUGGUGUUCCAGCAGGAGGGCUGGCCUCUGGAUUAGGAUGAGCCUCUCAAACUGUGGCUCCAUCUCACAAGCUUCCAGUAAACAGCUCUAACACAUAACACGUAACCGGUAGUAGCAGAAGCUUUGUGAGGGCAUUUUUGUUUGUUUUUUGUUUUUUUAAUCUAAGCUCCUGAUUAUCACAGGGGAAAUGUAGCUGUUACUGUGGCUCGUUCUUAUAGGUGUUCAUAAAGUGCCAUAGGAUCAGCUGCAAAAGGCAACAAUAUGCAGGUUUAACACCAAAUAUAGGAAAGUUACAGACAUUUUAAGUCGUUCAUGCAUGGUAGUAUGCCACAGACUGCUGCUGCAUUUUAAAAAAUAUUUUUCACCAACAACACAUACAGGAAUAGCCCCACCUAACUGCGUAUAUAUAGUCAAGGACUCAAGUUCAUCAAGUUUGACGUCUGUCCUUUCUUGCCUUUGUACAAAACAGUCGGUUUCAGCUGUCUUUUAAAAAUGCACACAUUGUUUUCAGUGUUGAGUUACAUUUUUACUGCAUUCAGACUUUUAUAAAGUAUGUGUAAGUUUGUGGAUGAGAGCUGAAAUAAAGUUCAAACAUAGUUGCACCUUAAGUGGCAUAUUGUUCAGAUUGAUCUAAAAAGAGCUCUGUAAAGAUAGAUCUGUUGACAAUAGCACAUAUUGUCCAGAUAAAGAUGGUUUUUAUUCUUUGCACAACAGUCUGACAACAGUCAGACCUAACUGGGUCAUCUUGCCUUUGCCUUUCCAAAAUAUACUCCCCCCAGCUGGUCUUAACUAGACUGCUUCUGCUGUUUGUUUUUACUGUUAUCAUAUUUCAGCUUGAUUUAUUUUUAAGCUAGGGUGAAUAUGUAACCACUAAUACUGAUGAGAUUAAGAUGGCAGGUUUCAGUUUCAGUUUAGUACCUCAUGACUUAUGAUCUUAGCCUUAAUCGGGAGAAUGGUAAUUUUUUUUCUUUAAUAAUGUAAUCUUAUUUUUGUCUUAUUUUGAAAAUUUUAUGAAUGAUUAAUGCGAAUGUCUAUAUUAGAAGACUUCUUCUGGUGCUGGUUUGUUACAUUUGUAAUUGACAGAUAAACAGGGUAUGAUUUGCUAGGUGGAAACUGUGGAUUUCUGGUAAUGUAGAGUAAAAGUCAUACUGUAUGAAAGAAUAAUUAAAAAGGAUGAAAGACACAA